AUGGUCGGUACACGACGUUAUAUGGCUCCAGAGGUGCUGGAUGGUGCCAUUCAGUUUUCGAGGGAUGCAUUUCUUCGCAUAGAUGUUUAUGCACUUGGUCUUAUCCUUUGGGAGCUAAUGACUCGCUGCCUACCCUCACCUGUUGCUCAGACAUCUUCUGAUGUAGCUUCCGAAACCUUUCCAGAAAUUCAUAGUUUACAAUCAGUUUUAAAGAAAUGUGACCACAGCCUCCUGAAAUUGCCAGAAGAAACAUGGCCACCAUACAAGGCACCAUUUGAAGAGGAGCUUGGUCCACAGCCGACAAUGGAGCAGCUCCAGCAAUGGGUUGCUCAAUCCAAGCAGAGACCAAAAUUUCGAUCAUCAUGGAGUAAAGACCCGGGAUUUGUUCUACUCUGGGAGACUGUAGAGGAAUGCUGGGAUCAGGAUGCUGAAGCCAGGCUUUCUGCUGGCUGUGUUACCGAACGCUUGGCCAGCUUGCAGCGUAACCACCCUCCUUUGUCUACUGACCCUAUUUUCCGGCGAUCCUCUUCUACAUAUUCACCGUAG